CCGAGCCUAAAUCCCGCCCACGGAGACGAAGCCGAAUUGUGAGUGGAUCGGCUCGUGCAUCCUGCCACCCCGAGACUCCCAACACCGACAGGAAGGUGGAAAGAGUUAGGGCUCCCUGGGAGGAGCCCGGGGCGAGGCCCAGGGGAGAAGGAAGAGCCGGGAAGGAAAGGAGGCGUAGACAGACAUUCCUCCCUGCGUGUCGUGUCUGGCCGUGAGAUCGCGCCCUCGUCCCCGGCCCGCCGCGGGUGCGGGUGUCAAGGUGAUCGAUUCCGGGAACCCUUGGAGCCGGCCAGGUGCAAGAUGUGAAUUAUUAAAAAGAAAAUGGCCCAACGGAGCCCUGCAUUUUCUUCUCUUGUCACCGAGGAAAGGCAUAAUAUCUGGACAACAUGCACCUAAGGCGGGUGAGGACCAUGCCGCGACACAGCCAGUCCCUGACCAUGGCGCCGUACUCCUCGGUGAGCCUCGUGGAGCAGCUGGAAGACCGGAUCCUCUGCCACGAGAAGACCACGGCCGCCCUGGUGGAGCACGCCUUCCGGAUUAAGGACGACAUCGUCAGCAGCCUGCAGAAGAUGCAGAGCAAGGGCGGAGGCGACCGCUUGGCCAGGCUCUUCCUGGAGGAGCACAUCCGGAACAUCACGGCCAUCGUCAAGCAGCUGAAUCGCGACAUCGAGGUGCUCCAGGAGCAGAUCCGUGCCAGGGACAACAUCAGCUACGGAACUAAUUCUGCCUUAAAGACGCUGGAGAUGCGCCAGCUCUCUGGUCUAGGAGAUCUCCGAGGAAGAGUGGCGAGGUGUGAUGCCAGCAUAGCCCGGCUCUCUGCUGAGCACAAGACCACCUAUGAGGGGCUGCAGCACCUGAACAAAGAACAGCAGGCUGCCAAGAUGAUCCUGGAAACGAAAAUCAAGGACGCGGAGGGACAGAUUUCUCAGCUUUUGAGCAGAGUCGACCUGUCAAUAUCAGAGCAGAGUACCAAACUGAAGAUGUCCCAUCGAGACAGCAACCACCAGCUUCAGCUACUGGACACUAAAUUUAAAGGUACUGUUGAGGAGCUCAGUAACCAGAUUUUAUCUGCACGGAGUUGGCUGCAACAGGAACAAGAACGGAUAGAAAAGGAGCUUUUACAGAAAAUUGAUCAGCUUUCCUUGGUCGUUAAGGAAAACAGUGGAGCCAGCGAAAGAGACAUGGAGCAGAAGCUCAGCCUGAUGUCAGCCAGGCUGGACAAGAUCGAAGAGAGUCAGAAGAAGACCGUGGACGGCCAGAGGACAAAGCAGGAGGAGGAGAAGGUGCAGGGGCGCAUCAGCAAGCUGGAGCUGCAGAUGAGCGAGGACCUGAAGGAGAUGAAGGCCGAGGUUAACGCAGGGUUCACAGCCAUCUACGAAAGCCUAGGAUCCCUCAGGCAGGUGCUGGAGGCCAAGAUGAAGCUGGACAAAGACCAGCUGCAGAAGCAAAUCCAACAAAUGCAGAAGCCAGAAACGCCCAUGUGAAGAACGGGGCAGGACGUAGAGAAGGACGCGCCUGCGGGGCUCCGAGCCGCCGCUGCUUUCCGGAUCGUUCCGCCCAGGGCGUGCAUGUGCCAGGAAACGUGUUCUCAUGGGUCUACAUGUUUACCUUCGGUAUUGAAAACACUUCUCCUUUAAAAAUACCACAUACACUUUAUACCGCUUUAUUCCACCUCUCUAAAUUCAGCAGAGAUCCCCUUCCCCCCGAAUUUUGAAAAGCUUCUACUGUAUUCAUUUUAUGAAUGGAAAAGAAUUUAUUUCCAAUGCUUGAUGACAUAGCCAACCCAACUAUUUUAAAAAUGCCAUGGUAACUUCUUUUUAUUAAUUAAGAAACGAAUGAGUUGUCAUAAGAAUGUGUUGCUUCUCACCCUAAAUCAGAAGAAUGUCUCGAUAGAUUAGAUUUCAGAUUUUGAGCCCAUAUUUGGAUUGUAUUACUGUUACGCUGCAUUUCUUAUGUUGGGUUAUCUUUCUGUAAAUCAUCUAUUUAUAUUUUGUAGGGAGAAGAUAUUUAACACUUGAGGGAAAAAUAAUCCUGCAGUUUCUGUAACGAAAAUAGUAUAAACAUUAAUAACUGCCAUUUAGAUUACAAAUUAAAUGGAAACUUAAGAUGUCUAGAUAAUGCAAGGCAUAAUGUUUAUAUCCACCUAGAUAUACUAGGUUUUAAUAUCUAAAACUAUUUUUUCAGUUAUCCACAGCCUGUAUAGCUAUAGCCAUAUAUUUAAUAAGGGAGUGGUGGUUAGUAUUUUGUUUAUUGCACAAUUAAUUGUUCAUCAAUCACAAUAGAGUGUGAGAAUUUUUCAGACUUUAUGAUCUCUCUACAUGUUUCCAAAAUUGGCACAAAGUGCUAGGGUUUAUAUACACUUAUUGUAACUGUAAUUCUUGUGCCUUGGUUUUUCUCGUGUCAAUGCACCCUAUAAAAUUUUUGCCAACAAAGUAGAAGACCUGCUCAUACAUCAGAAUUAUGACGUAAAAAUGGGAUCCUAUGUAGUUUUUAAAUGUUCUAAGAGUUUUAUCACCGUUAUGACCCAACUCAUUCAGUAUUAUUCGUAGCAUAGAAUUCAUACUUUUGUAUGGACGAUGAAUCAAAUUGAUACUGCGUUUAUAAUACCGUAAAGAGACCUUCAUCUUGAGCAACUUUGUCAGUGAUGGGCGUUGUGUUUGGGACCACCGUGUUUGACUUGCCAUUGGAGACGUGACCGAGUACUGCUUGUCCACGUACGUGUGCAACACGUGACAGCAAGACUCCCGUUCUAAGCUGUGAGGGUGCCCAGGAGAAGGAACAAGAAUGCAUCAAAAGUUGUUUAAAACACUUUGUCUCCCUCCCCCAUCCCACCCCACCCUGUUUGCAAGGACUCAGGAAAAUAAAAACAUUUGCUAUUUUUAGGAUAAAUCACAAAUGAAACAUCUAACCGGCUAUUACUGUUUACCCAUAUAAAAAUAUGCUGCUAAAAUACAUAAAAUUAUAUUCUCAAUAGCUGAAUUUUUUUUUAAUUUGGACUCACGAGAGGUUAUAUAAGGAAUAUAUAUAUCCAACAUGCAUUUCUUUGUUUCCCUCCACAAAUCUUUUCAUCUCUAUAGAGAAAAACUAUCUCCACUCAAAAUGCUCUUUUGUAACCAGAAAACGCAUUUCUUUUUGUGAUUGAACAGUCAGGUUUCAUGGAGUCUUCCAUGAAAAAGCACAAGCCACAGAGGGUCACCUCCCCCCACCCCACAGCCCCUGUCUCUCUCCUCUGGGGAAACUAAGGAGAAGGGAGCCAUAUAUCUGACACCUGAGGAGAGGGGUAGGGGGACCCCAGCUGAGCCUGGCCAAGUGGGUGACCUAACCCAGGUAAUGUCACUUCUGCCUGCCUCUCGGGCUCACGAUGUUGCCAGAUCUGAGAUCUGUGUCCACUGGGAAUCUCCGUCCUGGCUACCUGUGGGGUCACUUGGGGGAGUUUUAGCAGCUACUGGGGCCGAGUGGCUUCCUGAUCAGUUAAACAGGAGCCUCCGGGAGGCAGUCCGUUCACGGGCAGACCCGUGUGCCGCUGGCCAGCAGGGGCAGCGUGGACUCCUCCCACCAAAGUUAAAGAGAAUCAGCUUCCCUGGUCUUUCCUUUACCAGAAAUUUGCAAUAAAAAGGAUAAAAUUUCCAAAUA